AUGUCCGCAAUGACGGUCACAAGCGGUGGCGUUAGCGGAAAUACAAGUAAUCCAAAUAAUAAUGGUGGAGGUGGUGAACCAACUGAUGGUUUUACAUUAUUUCAUAAUCGACCGCCUAUAUGGCCUACGUCAAAUCAAUCUGUACUUGAUCAACAUUGGAAUGAAUCAAUAUUUUCACCUGUUCAUCCUCAACAACAUCGUUCAUGGCCAUCGGAACCAUUUGGUAGUGAUAUUUGUGGUGAUGAAUUGCCAUAUCCAAGACAAACAACAAAUCAUAAUAAUAAUGAUUUUAGUCCAUUACCAUCAUCACCAGCAGCUUUAUUAAAUGGUAAUCAUCUUGGACAAACAGGACGUUUUCAAUUUCCAAAUGAUACAUCACCAUAUUGUCCCCAACAAUUACCACCAAUGUCAUCAUGUUUUAGUGAUUCAUUAUAUGAUCCAUCACCAUCAUCUGUACUUUUUUCAAGUGAUAUCGAUCGACGUAAUAAUUCAUUACUUGAUACACGUCAACAACAACAACAACAACAACAAUCAUCAACAUCAUCAUUAGAUAAUUCAAUGAUUCCAAGAGAAUCAAAAUUAACAUUAGAUCAAAUGGUUGGACGUUUUGCUGAUUUACAAUUGCAACCACCACCACCAUUACCACCAUCAUCAACAUAUCCAUCAUAUCAAAAUCCAUUUUUACCACCAACAAACGAUCAACAACAACAAAUAUUAUCAUCAUUUUAUUAUCAACAAUCUUCACCAACACAACAAAUUCCAUCAUCAAUGGUUAAUUCACGUAUAGCACCACCAUUACCACCACCAUUUGGAAAUCAUUUAUAUGUUAAUUCACCAUCAUCACCACAUACACAAAAUUUUUUAACACAACAACAACAAAAUGGACCAUUACCACCACCACCAACAGCAUCAAAUAUGUUUAAUGAUCGUUAUGAACGUAAUGAUGGUUAUUUACCAUUUUCAAAUAAUUCAUCAUAUUUAUCAGCAAUGCGUUUUUCACCUAAUCCAGCAUAUCGUACAACAAAAAGUGGUAAACAGCAAAUCGGACCUGAAAAUUCCAAUUUAUUUAUAUGUCAUUUACCACAAGAAACAAAUGAUCAAUCAUUAAUGAAUUUAUUUUCUCAAUUUGGCAAUGUUUUGUCGGCAAAGGUAUUCGUUGACAAAAAAACAAAUCAAUCGAAAUGUUUUGGUUUUGUUUCAUAUGAUAAUCCUUCGUCGGCUCAACAAGCGAUAUCAAGUAUGGAUGGAUUUAGUGUUGGUUCAAAACGACUGAAGGUUGAAUUAAAAAAACCACGUCGUAAUUCGUAG